AUGUCAAAGGGUAAAGAAAAGGUGUUUGAUGAUGAUGAUGAGGAAGAAUUAAUCUCAGAAGGAGAAAAGUUAGUUAGAAAGAAAAGACAUAAGGAGCUCGAUGAUCUGUUGCAAAUCACAAAGGAUUUAGAUGAAAAAGAAGCUAAACAGCAAGUUAUGAAAGUAACUCUUGAAGCUAAAGCGUUAAUAUUUCAUCCAUGUUCGUUUGACAGAAUUCGAAAGGCAGAAAUACAUGAUCCAAGUAUUUGCUGGUUGGAUCCUACAGUAUCUUUUGAUAUAGAUAACACUGCAGAUUCACAAUUAGAUUUUCCUAUCGCUCCGAGCGCUUUUUUAUUCAGAUGCUUUAAAAGGAUUGAGAAAGUACCACUCUCAGAUUAUGAUGUCAAUCACUCGUUGUUCUUGUCACAACUGGCAAUUUAG